CUUGUUAUUGUUCAUGGCGUUUUAUGACUUGUCUCUUUAUAUUAGCGAUUAUGUCGAGUUUUUUCGCGAUCCCUGCCGCGCGCUGUGUGCCGAGUGUCAAGUAGGGCCCGCGCGAGGUGUUUUAGGUUAAGACCAGUGCCCGGGCGGUGUGCCUCCGUGCUGUACGGACCCGUGAAAUCCCGGACAGUGUCGGAAAGAAAUGGGUAAACAAGAUUAGUGGUACUGGUGUGAUUUGGGGCUGUCGGUGUACGACUGACACACGACAUCUCAUCAUCACACACGUUGGAGCAAUACCCCGAGGCGUUUCUACACUCUCUGGGUAGUUAUGUGAUUUGUGAUUGUCAUGGCGGCAGAUAGUGAUGGUGAUCUGAUCGAGACGGUGGUAACCUGUGAGGGUGACCUUGGAGAUCCAGAGUUCCCCCGAAAGUUUGAAAUCAUUGUUGACCAUCUCAAUACUUUGCUUUGCAAAGAAAAGCGAGAUGGUCUGAGAGUAGAUAAGAUAGAACCAUGGAAUUCUGUCAGAGUAACAUUCUCGAUACCCAGAGAAGCUGCUUUGCGACUUCGAGAAUUAGCGGCUCAGGGUUCUCCAACACUUACACAACUUGGCAUACUCUCAGUACAAGUCGAAGGAGAUCAGGUAAUAUCUUUAAGGAUAGCCAGUCGCUUCGGUGGAGACGCGCAAGAAAUUGUGCUACAUUCUGGAACUACGCAAGAUGGCGGAGCAAAAUCACAAGGAGAUGCUACUAGUAACGCAGCUGCUGUUGACAGUAACCCUUCGACAGCUUUGCCUGGUCCCAGUAACGCCACCAGUAUUUCGUCGACGCUACAUAAUGUUGCUCAGAUAAUAGCAGCUGGAACAUCAUCAGAGAAAGCUCCUCAGUUUCGUUCUCCGAAUGUAGUCGCGCCCACAGACUGUGAUCCUAUUCCACCGUUUCUUGCGAAAUCGGCACAGUCCACGUCAGCGGGGAAUCCUGGCGUUUCCGGAAAUCAGCAAGUAAUCAAUCCUAGUGCAUCGCCCAGGAACAACUACAACGGUCCUUUCCCAUUUGCCAGUAUGACGCACGCUGCCCAAGCAAUACACAGUCGCGAAUCGCAGUCCACAACAAUCAAGAAUACGAUGCAGUUCAAACACCAUGCGCAACCGCCGCCCCCGUAUCCAUCUCAAGAAAAUUUGGCGACAGUCACGGCAUUGACGACCGGUCAUACAACAACCCAGCCGGUCGUUACGGUCGGACAAUUAACGAAUCAGUACAAGCCCACGACGAUUGCUACAACAUCUAGUCUGUCACCAAACAACAGUACCAAUUUGGCAGGGAGUUCGAACGGUAGCGGAAAUCAGGUCGCCCUGUCCAGUCCGUUGCUCGUGAAUCUUUUACAAAACGACGCUGGUUCGCACGCGAAUAACGUCAUAUCUGGUCAGAAGAUGUUACCGCCGGCUGUUAUCGACAAUCCCGGACUUACCAAUCGCAUGAGACCCACCAAGAAACCUACGGUUAGAAGGAAAGAUCUCCCAUCGCCCAGCGAAUCGCCACCAGCGAAUUUGGAUACCUUGAGAAGCGAAGACUUGAUCGCCGGUACGGCGACGACGACGCCGGUUAUUCCCGACUUGCCACAGACUUCUACGCCUUCGGCGUUUGCGACUGUCAACGUUAAUCAACCGUCGACGCUUCCACCGCAGCAACAUACCGCAGUCAACGUGAUUGGUACUAGCGCUGGGCAAAGUAUGAUGCCACCGCAAGCGGUGCAUCAAGUGCCGGCUGGUGGGCAGAUGCAGCAGCAGCAGCAGCAGCAAGCGACAGUUUUACACAAUCAAGUACAAACGCAGCAAAAGUUUCCCAUUAGGCAAGAUUUGGCUCAUAGAACUUCGCAAGUCCAACUGCAGAAUCAACUCUCCGCCAGGCAUCCGGUAAACGGACAGCAGAUUAGAUCAUCAUUGCAACAACAACGGCAGUUGCUGAUUCAACAACAGCAACAACAGCUCCUCGCGCAACCGCAACAGAUAAAUCAAACACAAAUUGUCCCGCAAGUCCCGGCGGCUCAGCCGACUCUGCUUCAGCAACAGAACACGAAUGUACAAACAAUGUUGCAAGCUGCGUUUAAUCAGUCGAUAUUGCAGCAGCAGCAGCAGCAGCAACUCACCCAACAACUGACACAAUAUUCGACGGUAGGCUUAAAUGUCUCACAACAACGGCUAGGUUACUUAAAUAGUCAACGUCAGCAAACUCCGCCGCCUUAUCCGAGGCAACCUGUACCGCAACAAACGCAUUUAAGCCAGCAGAAUCAGGCUCUCAAUGUACAACAACAGCUGCAUCAUAAUCAGGUGAAGAACAUCAAUACAGAUACCAGCGCGACUACUGAUUUUCGUUACGGGCAGAGCCAGAAUAUCCUUAGUAGAAAUUAUCAGUCUCCCGCAACGAGCAAUGCUAAUGGGACCACGUGGAACGCACAAAGCAAUUCUAUUCCACAAGGUGCUCAAGUCAACACCACACGUCUGUCAGUCUCGAAUCAGGUUUCAGGUGCCUUUCCUCAAAGUGGCUCUCGUAUAAAUAAUUCUACUACUAGCAUUGCUCCGUCUGUCAACAAGACGGAGACCUUCGAGUCUCCGAAACCGGAAGAGGAGGCCCCGGAGCCGGAACCGGAACCAGAGUACACCUCGACCGGGAAGAUACGACAGUUUCUGAUCAAUCCUCUGACAGGACACUUAGAGCCAAUGCCCAGUGAAAGUUCAGAUUCAGAGCCCGAGAGUGCAGUGGAUAAUCAGGACGAUUUCUUCUCCUUUCCGUCUCCGUCAAACGACAGAUCGAAUUCCAUAUUCUCCGACGACGACGCGGACAGCAAUUUUUCAAGAAGAAACGACACGACGACGAACACGGAUCAGUCCGAUUCCGAGACAACGGCGAAGUCUACGGCCAGCGAAGGAAGCUUAAAACACAGUAGAAUAAAAUCCAGUAGGGAGACCGCGCAUAGCCCGAUGCCGGGGGAGAAAAUCAAACUGCGAUUGAAAUUGGAAAAAUCGGAGCCGGUUACACCGGCUUAUAAAGUUGACGUUUCUUUCGUGAACACGCCGCCCAUGCGGAAAGCCGACAAGUCCGUGAAUAAAAUGUUCGCCGGUGGUGUCCCGAGUACGGGGACCGGUGACGAACCGCUGCGAGUGCCUCCGUUACACAUUUCUUUAAGAGGACGUAACGCUUCAGUAGUACAAAGAGAAAAAGUUAAGAAGUCUCUAAAGGAGAGUGAGGGUGAUGCAAUUAAGAGGAGAGGUAAAUUGAAGAAGAUGAAGGAAUGCAUCGAUGGGAACAAGUUGCUGCAGAAGAAAUCAUUGAACAUGAUUAUAGGCGCUUCGUCUGCAUCGAAAUUACCUUUGUCUACUUCCACAAUAAACAAUGCCAUUUGUAAAGUCGGUAAUAACAUGUUGCAAGCCGCUGCAGCCAAAUCCAAUGCCUUAAAACAAGAACUAUCGGUGGACGCUGUACGAUUACAAACUGGUACCACUACCAAGCCAAGUUCGAGUAAAAACAGCGACGUCGACGAUAUACCGUUGAACAGUAGAAUACCGUCUCCUUCGAAGCAUAAAUCUGCGAUCGCGAAUCAAUCUUUAAAUACUCCACAAGCUUUAACGAAGACUCAAGUGGAUCUCGAUGCACAGAACCAUAUGCAGGAACAUAAAAUAGGAGGAGGUAAAACGAAGAGAAGGGAUUCUAAGAAGAAAACCGAAUCCGGAGAUGGUUUACAUCGGGAACAAAAUCUGCUGUCGGGAGGUCGAAUUUUAGAUAAUCAAGCGAAAUGGAAAAAGCUCGGUUACAAGGGCGAUAUAACUCAUACAAUAAGAAAACCGGAUUCACUUUUAACCGGAAGUGACUUUAGUACAAUCAAGAAGGUUGGCGAAAUUCGAAGGACGAGCGAUAGCGACAUCAAUAAAUCAGCCAUUGAGAGAAGUAAUUCAUUGAGCAGUGUUGCUUCUAAAUUAACGGAGCUUAAUGGCGUGAAGAAAGACUUGAUUACUCAAGACAAGAGAAGACGGUUAAGCUUGGUGGAUGAAAAAGAUCUGCAUUUAGGAGAAUCUCCGAAUACAGAAGUUACACAUUUUAAUAAUCAGAAGGCUUCUGAAAGUUCUGCAAAUACGGUACCAAGUAUAAAAGCAAACGCCAGUCUAUCCUUCGAGAGCGAUUCUGGAUUAAAAUCGACAAAUUCGUCGGUGCAACAGGGCGACACAAGAAAGCCAUCAAACAAUCCUGAGACCAAGAUACCUGUGCACGUAGAGACUACGACGAAAAAUUCUCAACCACCUAUGGCUAGGAUGCUCUCCGUUAAGAGUAAAUCCGACAUGGAGAAUUAUAUCGCUGUUAAAAGAGAACACUGUCAGAAGCUGAAGAAUCAUAUGAUUGUCAAGAGCGAGGCGAAUUCCAUCAUAAACAGGCACAACAAGACAGUCGAGCAGUUGAGCUUCAGUCAUAAGAAGAUAAUUCAAAACCAUGUUAAGCAGGUCGACAAACCGGCGGUGGAGAGCAAAAUGGACAGCGCGUCGCAAAGGAUCAGCCUGUUGAAGACCGCGCCAGGCUCGGUAAUCGGCAACUCGAUAGAUCAAGUGCCCAGGUCGCAGAGUAUCGACGUACCUGCGAGCAAGCCGACCUUGCCCAUCGGCGAGAUAAACGUGACCGAGGCGAAAGUCAAGCAGAAGCUGCUUGAGAAUACAGCGGUACCGAUUGGGAUCGGCGUCGACGCGAAUAUCGAGAGAGUCGGUAGCGGUGGUGGCGGCGAGGAUUCGGGCAUCGAGUCGAUGGACGCUCUUUCGGAAAAGUCACCGAACCAAGGGGAGUCACCUCUGCACAGGCCGGCGUCGGCAACCGAAUCGGUGACGCAAAGCGGCGCCAAGAAUGUAAUACAGGGGGAACCUGUACCCUCCUUAUCAACCACCAAUAAGAACGUGCCUUCCUCAACUAGUAGUAGUGAUAUGUGUUCAAAUUCCCAUUCGGAACUUCUCAAGUCCAGUGGCCCACAAAGGUUAAGUCCUGUGUCCGUAACGAAUUAUUUUGAGAGUCAGUUGAAUCGCAAUAUAUCAAACUCCAGUGAGCACGACGCGAAGAAUGUGUCUAGCGAAAAAUCGUCGACAGUUCCGAGAACUGGUGGUGGACAUAGUGAUUUGGUUGCUAGUUUAGACACGGCGAAUAAUGACAAAAGUAUGCCCAGUCCCCUGGUGACGGGUACAGUGACUGUUGUGACAGCGUCUAUAACCAGCAGUAUGAAUAGUGAUAAUAACUUAUUGCAAUGCGCGCAUCAGCAAGCGAAGGACUUCUCCGAUAAGGACAGUUCUAGCGUUAAAUUAGAGAGUACUGUUAACCAAAAUGAUCAGGGUAAGGCAAACUCUAAGCACGAGGAGUCGAGAGCUGCGGAGAGCGUAUCCGAGGACAGCGCGAAGGCGGUUGUAGAAAGUAACAGUGCAAUUAGACUAAGCGAUGAACCUCACGGACAGAAUAAUAAUAUUAAUAAUAAUAAUAAUAAUAAUGGUGUGCCUAUAAUACAAAAUCACGUUGCUUAUAAUAAAGUUGAAACUGUAAAGCUCGAUAGUAGUGCGGUCGCGAACAAUGCUAAUGCGGCGACAGAUAAUUCUUGCUCGAACGGUGAGAGUUGCAAUUCAGAAAUCAAAGUAGAAUCUAAAAUUAACGUAAAAGUGGACGAUACCAGGCAAAUCGAUCGGUUCGAGGUCUCAAAAAGCAGUAACGUUCCACUGAGCAUAACGUCGGUUAAGCUGGAAACGUGCACCGAACAGAACCAGAAGUAUAAUGUACAAAGCCAUCAGCAGGUCACGCUCAAAGAGCCUUCCGUGAAUCUUCAAAAGGUUACGGACGAUUUGGUUAAGAAGAUGGUUAACGAUACGAGCGAUCUGAACGCGGGUAUCCAGUCACCCCUCGGCGAAGAUCCGCAGCCGAUCAGGAUCACCCCGCCCCUGUACACGUACUCCAAUCCCGUGGUGCUGCAGCGAGACGAAACACCGAGUCCGGCGGCGCAGAAUCCCGAAGUGGACUCCAGCGACCUGGAGCACCUCAAGCGUAAACGUAGGAGAAAGCAGGAGCUCGAGGGUCGGCAGGACGUUAUAUGCAUAGAGGACAACGAUGAGGGACACUUUGUCGAGAGGCUCAACUCCAACAGCUCGGAGGAGUACGUCAAGAGGCCGCCGAAGUCGUUGCUGGAGCAGCUGCUGAUCGAUAUCCCGAACGACAGCAACGAGAAAAGAUCGCUGAGAACCAGAUCGCAGAAGUUGAACAGUCCGGAUAUCGCCAAGACGCCGAAGAGCAGCCCUCACGGUCCUAACAAAUUAGAGGAACGCCGUAGUAUAUCGCCCUACGCGAAAGCAAGUCCAAAACUGGCAGUAUCGAAACUGUCUCCUAACGCGACAAUAAAAAUAGGGAAACGGAAAAGGCAAGAGAGCGAGAGUUCCGUUGCGUCGAGCACAGCUGAUGAUCCACAGUCAAGACCAGGUAAACGGAAAUGCUCAGAGAAUGCUGCAGAACUUAUUAAAGCUUGCAUGGGUGUAGAAGAGACUGGUUCUAUAAAGAAACAAGUACCUGGCAAGGAAGAGCAAUCAAAGAAGGGGUUCAACAUAUUGGCAAAGGCUAAGAAAGGUCCCAUUGUGGUAGAAGUAGAUUCGUCUGAUGACGAACCAUUGAUUGAGUCUGUAGGAAAAGCAAGAGUACGAUUGUCAGAUGAAACAUCCGCUGCUUCCCCAAAGCCCAAAGAUCAAAAUAAUAGAGUGCAAAGAGAGAGCCGUUUGUUAACCACCAAGCAACCGAGUACGGCAACUGUGAUGACGACGACGACGACGAUGACGACGUCAACGACGACGACGGCGAUGACGACGAUGACGAUAACAACAGCAACAAUAACGACGACGCCGACAUUGACGACGAUCACGACGAUCACGACUGCGACUGCGACUACGGCGGCGGUGGCAACGGUGGCAACGGCAACGGCGGCAGUUACUGUUGGGAAGGAGAGAUUACGGGGCACUUCCGUAUCCAGCAACGAGUCUGUGGGCGAAGUAACGACAAGAAGGUCUGUACGGCAGAAUACAGCUUCACCUCUAGCUACACCAGCAAGCAACACUAGGGGCGCAUCCAAAUCCUCGGACGAUAUUAACAGAAGGAAAACUCGUAGUGGUGCUGCGGGAAAACAUUGUUUUAGUAACGGCGGAGACGGCGGAACAAGCGAAACGGAGGCGAAUAUCCCGAGAAAACAAAUGACCUUCGGGAAGUGACCUUGACAGUGAUUAGCUACCGCUCGUCAAGGCCUAUCUGUCUGAUUGUAAAUCCGACAUAAACGGGUAUUUGAUUGCCGUGUGGCUGGAUCCCACCUGGUGAAACUGUAUGCGUCACACUAGCGCACAACGUUGCUGUAUGUGUACCGGGAGUAUCGUAUAAUAUAUUAAAAAGAAGUGCUGGACGGUGUGAAAGCAUCUCGUGCUGUAAAACAUUUAUUGGUCUCGAUAUUAAAUUAGUCAUGGAUAAAAGAUAGCAUCUAUGAAUUUCUGUUCAUUCUUUCACGUCUUCACGUUUUCUUUGUCUCCUUUUCUUUUUUUGUCCUUUCUGUUUUUUUUUCUCUAAAGUAUAGAGUAUAAGGAUUAUGUUGUUGCAAGUUUGAAAAAAAAUAUUGUUUGAAAAGAGUUUUGUAUAUUUAAUGAACCAUCCAUUUUUUGUUAUUUGUUAUAACUUUAAAUAUCUAAGAAUAGCGCAUAUAAAGAACGAACUAAAGGACGAAAGCAAUUUUGCUUUAGUCAUCUUUUCACCGUCUAGCAUUCUCGUUUAUACCGUACUCCUUAUAAACAGCAAAGUUUAGUUACUCAGAUAUAACUUGCUCAAAUGCAUCACACUACGAUCUAAGUAACUGAACUAAUCCAAAACUGCCGAGAUAUUGUAUGUAACUUUCUUUUACCAGUCAAAUGUUUCAUUCUAUCGACAAGUACUAAAUUUCAUUCUUCGAUGUGCAAUUUUCUAACGUCGUUAUUAGAUGUAAACGAGACGAAGAGCUAGCUUUAUAGAGAUUUAAGAAAAUUUAAAGAAGCCCAAAUUAUAUUUAUGUUUCGGGAAUCAUCUUCUCUCAUAAUAAUUCCUUUCGUUCAUUGUAUGUAUCAGUACAAAGUAAUAACGGUAAAAGAAAGUCCAAAUUUUUAAGGCAUUAAAAACGCGAAUCCGAUUGUACUGCCGUAAGUAAAAUACAUAUUUACCGUGGACAAAUUUACUAACUGGUGGAGCUUAGAUUUGCUACUCUGACGACUUUGCUGAUAGACUCUGUUUAGACAAAUGUCUCUGUUUGUGUAUACAUAUUAAUUUAUUGUGUGUCAUCUCUAUUUGUUAUGAAAGUUUUCUGUACAUAUAUAUGUAGGUAAAGUGCACAUAUAUAUAUAUAUACAUUUAUAUAUGUAUAUAUACAUAAAAUAACAAUAUAUGAAUUUUUCGCACGAUUAGUUUCUGCCAUAUGCUGUAAGCUCCACGCCACGACACAAAGCAGUAAAACGCUUUCGUACUUAUCUAUGCGAAAGAUGAAAAUGUUUUUGAGACGUUGGUCCGAUAUUCGGACAAUUAUGCCACAAUUACACCUAAAUAUUGGGAAUAAAUUUACAUAUUGAUAUAUAAGGACAAUGACAAACGUGAAAGCUGUGUUUUUUCACAUUUGUAAUUUAUAUUCCAGAGAUGGAUGUAUAUUUUAACCAGCAAUUUAGCGAUUAAGUUCGUAAUUACAUUAUUGUAAUAUUUUUGUUUUUUCAGACUUAGCAAACAUAGUCUUUCAGUAAGAGGUUCGUCUUGAGUUAUAAUAUCGCAGAGGCCGGGAUAUAUAGGACUUUUGAAAAAGGAUUUAUUUUAUUUAUGAAACGUAAAUACAGUGAACGUUGGAAGACAUGCAUGAAUAUGUGAAGAUGAUAAGAAUAACUAUUAUAAGAAAACUAAUUAAUACAAAAAAAAUGUUAAUUUGAUAUAGGUAAUAUAUGAAUGAAUAUAUUUUGUAAAUAAUUUCUUGUAAAGAUGGACAAAAAGCACUACCCGUUGUAUAUAUAGGAACUGUUUAAAUUUUUAUUAAAUUAGUAAUAAUUAAAAUCGUGCAAGAAGUCGUAAUUGUCAUUAUUAUUAAUUAUUCUCUCGCGUUCAUGUAAUUAAGAUACUAACUCUUCUUAUACAAAUUUAAAAUCACAUUGAAUUAUAUGUGCAUACGUAUAUACAAAUGUAAAUCUAUGUAUGUGAUUUAUAUCGAUUAUUGUUUUCAUGAACAGAUAAUCUAGUUUUGUAUUGUAUAAAUAUAACUUACACCACAGUUGAGGAUCUUUAAAGUUCUAGCUGAGCCUGCAGUAGUCAUCACGUAGCACCGUUCAAAUUUUUCAUGAAAAUGUGCAUUUCUUAUCCAGUUCUAAUAAUAGACAUCCUUCUUUUCACACAACAAAUCAAAUUUAGGAUAUCAUUUAGCAAAUAAUAUUUCAUGAAUUAUCAAUAAUUAUAUAUGUACGUUGAUAAUUUGUUAAUAAUCAAUUAUUUAUCUUAGCUACGUUCCUCCAGAUUCCCUUUAAUUUUCUGUAGAUGUUACAUAUGUGUGUUAAAUGCUCUAUAGACAACUUUCUGUGACACAUCAAUACGGAUAAAUACGUUCUUAGGGUAUUUGUCUGCGAUUGUGAUUGUGAAUUAUACCAAUAUGUAUACACUGUUAAAAAUUGUGUAUUAAAAAUGUGAUCGUAAUCUUGUUUCUGAACAUAGAUGAUUUUGUAUAAAUCUCCGAUUUCUCGUCACAGACCAAGUAAACGUUUAUUAUAUGAUACAAGAAAGAUUGUCGUAACAAUUGUUACAAGCAUAGAAUGUACAAAGUACGAUAAGCGCAAUGCUCAACUACGUAGUGUGUGCAUAAAAAAAGAAAUUUUCCAAUACUUUUCCCAAAGGCUCGAUGGCUACCAGGCGACCCUUCUUUAAUAGAAAUGCUUUUCUCACGCUAAGAUUAAAUACUGAAUUUAAUAAUAUUUAAAAUAGGAAAGAAUUUCACCGAUCUAUAUGCCCAGAAAAUUAAGAGAGACAGAGACUGCUUCUUGGGUUGUAGUUUCGUUGAAUUUGUUCCUAUUUUCAAUAUCGAUUUAAAUUAUUUAGUUAGAAUAUUGCUUGUUUAUUAGAAUUUAUUUCUAUUGUAGAAACAAGAAACACAUACAGACAGACACAUAUACAAAUAUACACUGGAUCAUAUAUUGUAUAUAAUAGCGUGCUUAUUUUACUCGGAUGGGAAAUUACACAACCUGAUUAUAUUGUACAUAAAAAAUAUGAAGAAAAUGGGUACAGGACUCGCGCGUUUGAUUUAAUCCAUAUCCUAUAACGCAAAUAGGAUCGAGUGUAAUAUACAUAAUAAUUUAAUUGCAGAAUAUGCAGGAAUAAUUGAAGGAUUGUAAUUUCGAUGUAAAAAAAUAUUCUCUUUCGCAUUAGAUAGAUAGGCUAGGCAUUAUUAUGUUACAAUUUUAUCAUUGAAUAUUACAUUUAUAUGAUUGUAUAGAUUAUAAACGAGAGUAAGCUCUUUUGUGUAAAUACAAGUAUCUUUAAGUAUAAGCGGACAUUUUUAGCGCGCUCGCAUAAUUAAGGAGCUUCUAAAGAGUAUCUCUGCCGUGUAAUCGCAUAUGCAAUGUAAGAGGGAGCGGUUAAAUAAUGCACCAAAGAUCGGAUGCCGGAGUAACGAUGGCAGGCAACUGUCGGCAUCAGCGCCGUCAGCGAUUUUGAGAUGCGGGUGUACGUGUGAGAAGCUCAAUAAAUAAUCAGUGUUGAUAUUUCGUGGUUCGUAUAAACGGUGUAAAGUCUAUGCUACACAUGCUACCAUCGCAAUCUACAAUAAUUAUGCCGAUAACAAAUGAUCUUUUACGUCUGUUUAUAUAUAUAUAUAUAUAUAUAUAUAUAUAUAUAUAUAUAUAAUAUAUAUAUGUAUAAUAUAAUCGCGUGCUUGACGAGCUCCUUAAUUUUGUAGGCAGAGCCGCAAAAAAAUUAUAUUAUGUAUAUGGAUGUGCGUUUUAAGAUCACCAGAUGGAUAUGUGGUUUGAUGAUUUUAAAACCUGCUAUAUGCAAAACAUUUGUAUUUUUAGUAUUUGGUUAUACGAUAUAUAAAUAGCAGUAAAAAAAGGAAGUAAACGAUUGAUAAUAAUCCAAGUGGAUAUAAAUCUAUAUAUAUACAUAUAUAUAUAUAUAUAAAAAAUAUAUAUAUAUAUAGAUAUAGAUAU